AUGUCACUGUUGUCGGAUACCUUUUUUUCGGGCGCAAGUUCGCGACUGCACGUAGGACGAGGCCGCAAUGGGUGCAAGACGGUGAGGAAGAGCCAGAGCCAUGGCGGAUUCCUCAGUCCCCUCGCACAGCUAGUCAGGGACCCGGUCGGCACUUUAGGUGGCAUCACCACCGACUCCAAACAUGUGCCUGAUAAAGAUGGGGGUGCAGUCGAGGCGAGUCGCAGACAGGUCCUGUACCUGCACAUGAAAGACGCCGAGACAUAUGACGAAUGGAAGGCCGCCGCGACUGAGCUGGACAUACUUGAGGGCAAUGAGGCCUGGAAAGAAUUGGAUGAUUCGACCGAAUACAAUGCGGAGCUGGUUGCUGCCCGACUGAAGGAACUCGACGAUGCUCGCAUGAGCUGCGAUGUAAAGAAAAUGCUGUUCCUGAUACGCACCACCCUUACACGCGGAUUGGGUGACAUGGGCCAAUUGAGCCUGUACAAGCACUCGCACAUUGGCACCAAGCGAUUGAUCGAGCGGUAUAUUGAGUCAGCACAGCAAACCCUGGCAGCCCUGCUUGACAUAUCGGAGAAACAAGGAGAUGAGUGUCCAGUCGAGCCACGACGUCUAGUUGACCAACUCCUCCAAACACGCCAAUCGUUUGGGCGAAGUGCCUUGUUACUGUCGGGAGGUGGAACUUUCGGCAUGAACCAUAUUGGUGUCAUUUCAGGCCUGUGGGACGCCCGUCUUCUCCCCCGCAUCAUAUCCGGGGCUUCUGCUGGAAGCAUCGUGUCAGCCGUACUAUGCACCCGGACCGACGCAGAGAUACCCGAGGUGAUGCACCAGUUCUGCUACGGUGACCUGAAUGUAUUCGGAGACCCCAAUCACCCAGACGGCGUCUUGGACAAAGCGAUGCGCCUAAUGAAGUCUGGCGUGCUGUUUGACAUUUCCCACCUCACCCGAGUCAUGCGAGACUUGCUUGGAGACAUGACCUUUCAGGAAGCCUACAAUCGGACUCGUCGCAUCUUGAACAUUCCCGUGUCGUCUUCCUCGCUAUAUGAACUUCCUAGACUCCUAAACUACAUCACCGCGCCCAAUGUUAUGAUCUGGUCAGCAGUCUGCACAUCCUGUUCCGUUCCGCUCGUUUACAAGAAGGCUUCUCUUUUGGCCAAGGAUCCGAAGACUGGCGCGGAAGUUCCUUGGAAUCCUAAUCCAAACGCUACCUGGAUCGAUGGCUCUGUGGAUAAUGAUUUGCCCAUGACGCGUUUGGCUGAAAUGUUCAACGUGAACCACUUUAUUGUCUCGCAGGUCAAUCCGCAUGUCAUUCCUUUUCUGGCAAAAGAGGAGGAGAUUAUGACUGCAGAGGCAGAACAGCGUGUAGCUGCGGGUUCCAGCUGGGUGAGCCUUUCGGCCAGUCUGUGCAAGGGUGAGGUGAUGCAUCGUCUUCAACAAAUCGCGGAUACCGGUAUAUUUCCCACUCUGGUGACGAAGGGGAGGUCUAUCCUCAGCCAGCGAUACUCGGGUGACAUCAACAUUUUCCCCAAGAUUAACUAUGCCGACUUUCCAAAAGUUCUGAGUAACCCAACACCAGAGUACAUGAAGGGUUGUAUGCUCACUGGCCAACGAGCUACUUGGCCAAAACUUUCGCGUAUACAAAAUCAUGUCGCCAUCGAGCUCGCAUUGGACGACACAAUACAAAAGUUAAAAGGACAACUCGUAUUCUCGCCCUCACAACAGGAACUCACCAUCAAACGAACAACUUCUCAAGGAGACGUCCUCUCUCAUAGAAAGACAACACCGUCCUACAAGAUGGCUCGUUUCACACUGCGAACAGAACCCCCCAGCCCAGUCUUCCACAAAUCCGCACCAACCAGCCCCCGCCUCUCCCGACCAGGUUUCAAAUCAUUCUCCCAAUCCCUCUUCACACCCACCCAAAUCCACGUCGCCAACCGCUCAAAACGUCGCUCCGCCUACCCAAACACCUCUACGAUCCACCUCGACCCCGCAUCCUCCACAAACUCUACCUCUGACCAAGACUACUUCGCAGACCCAGACUCCGAUACAACAACAACGAACCGAGCGUCAUCCUCGCCCUCACCACUAACAUCGCCCACAUACCAAGUCCCCACCUUAUGGCCUUCGACACCUCCAACGCUCAUGCGCGCUACUACAUCAUCACAAGCAGACACACCACCGUGUACAACCACCACCACACCAGUCAACCGCCGCACAAGCACUAUACUCAACCUAGCCAUGACAUCAGCGACUAGCCAGUCAAGCAUCCCCAACGCACCCAGUUCCCCAGAGUUACGCUAUAAACGGCUUUUUCACCCGCCUGGUCCUGCUACACCGGAUGUUAGUGUGGGACCGCCGGUCUUGGAUGUUGAACCGCUACGAUACACGAAUCCGUCACCGGGGUCUAGUAGACCGGGGUCGAGGAGGGGGAGUGGUGUGGGUUUGGGUUUGGGUGUGGGUGAUCAUUCUGGGACGAGGGGGAUGUUGUUGAGGAAGAAGAGUUUUCUGUAG